AUGGCCGCCCCCGCCGCCUCGCCCCGCCGCCUCGACCUCCCUACCCACACCGCCCCCUCGACCUCCUUCCGCUGGAACGGCGUCAGGCCCCUCCCCCUCCUCGCCUGCGCCGCCGUCGGCCUCCUCCUCCGAUUCGCCGUCCCCAGGCCCUCAGCCGUCGAGCCCAAGGCCUGGUCCCUCCUCGCCAUCUUCAUCGCCACCGUCGCUGGACUCAUCCUCAGCCCCCUCCCCGUCGGCGCCUGGGCGUUCGUCUGCCUCACGCUCACCGUCGUCACCAGGACACUAACCUUCGCCGCAGCCUUCUCCGCCUUCACCAACGAGGUCAUUUGGCUGAUUGUCGCCUCCUUCUUUCUCUCCAAGGGGUUCGUGAAGACGGGGCUCGGGGACAGGGUCGCCAUGUUCUUCGUCAGGUGGCUCGGGAAGAGCACGCUGGGGUUGUCGUACGGCCUGGUUCUCGGUGAACUCGCGAUUUCUCCGGGAAUGCCGAGCUCCACGGCCAGGGCCGGUGGAAUUUUUCUGCCAAUUAUUAAGUCUUUGGCUCUGGGCGUCGACAGUAAGCCCAAGGACCCGUCGUCUAGGAAGCUUGGAGCUUUCUUAAUUCAAUCCCAAAAUCAGUGCAACAACUGCACAAGUGCUCUUACUCUGACGGCGGCAGCUCAAAACUUGUUGUGCAUCAAAUUAGCUCAAAGUCUUGGGGUUGACGUUCCGAACCAAUGGGUCACUUGGCUCAAGGCGUCUUGUGUGCCGGCUCUUAUUGCUCUUUCAGUAACUCCAAUAAUUGUAUAUAAGAUAUAUCCCCCUGAGAUGAAAGUCACCCCUGAUGCUCCUGCAUUGGCGAAAAGAAGAUUGGAGCAGAUGGGUCCAAUGAAGAGGGAUGAGUGGAUCAUGAUAGGAACCUUGCUUCUGACUAUUGCAUUAUGGAUUGCUGGACAAGCUCUCAACAUGCCAAGCGUUGUAGCUGCCAUGAUAGGCCUAUCUGUACUCUUGCUGUGUGGAGUACUCAAUUGGGAUGACUGCUUGAGUGAGAAACAAGCAUGGGACACCUUGGCUUGGUUCGCGGUCCUAAUCGGCAUGGCUACCCAACUCACUACUCUUGGGGUCGUGCCAUGGAUGUCCAAGUCUGUGGCUGGCUUUCUUAAAUCAAUCUCGGUUGGCAGGUUUGGUGCAUUCGGCAUCCUCCAGACUUCUUAUUUCUUCAUCCACUAUUUGUUUGCCAGUCAAACAGCUCAUGUGGGUGCUCUGUACUCUGCCUUUCUUGGUAUGCACCUUGCGUCGAGAGUUCCGGGUCUGUUGGCUGCAUUGGCUUUGGCUUACAACACAAACCUUUUUGGCGCAUUGACUCAUUAUAGUAGUGGUCAAGCUGCUGUUUAUUAUGGAGCCGGUUAUGUAGACCUUUGUGAUGUGUUUGUAUUGGGUAUAGCAAUGGGUCUAAUACAAACCGUGAUAUGGGCGUUAGUCGGAGCUGCAUGGUGGAAAAUUUUGGGACUUUAUUGA